AUGGUGGAUAAUUAUUUUGUUUUUGAUGAUUAUCAUUGGGGGAGAGUAUCAUUUGAUCUCACCUUUAAAGGUCUCAAAAAGGCACCACAUAGGACGAGUGAUGGGGGGAAUUAUCCUGUUGAUGGAUGUGCAAUUGCCUUACAAAUUUUUGCAUUUGAGAUCAUAGGAACUACCCAUAUCUACGCAAACAAAAUAGGAGACCAAAUCCCUAGAAUAACAAAUUGGUCUUCUACUGAGCAACCGACUUUUGAGAACAUUUCCACCAAGGUGUUUCAGGCUCCCAAUGUUUCUUUAUUUCAAAUGAUACCAACUGAUGAAGAGAUGAGGAAAAGCUACAUGGUUGAAUUCAGAGAUGCUGAAUUCAAUGAGGAAAUUCAAGAAGAAGCUGGACAAUCUUCUAAAGCUGAGUACAAUUUCGACAUCAGUGAGCUUCUCAAGCAAAAUGAGAAGCUUCUUAGACAAAAUGAGAAUCUUCUCAAACAAAAUGAGAAGAUUUUGACACAAAAUGAUCACUUGGAAUCUGAAAUAAAUGACAUGAAGAGGAUCAUUUAUGCCAUCCACAAGAAAUUUUUUGAAGACAACUUGGAAAAAAACAAAGGCAAUACAAAUGUGUCAUCAGCAAGGAGAACAACAGAGGCACAAACAUAUGAUCAAGAAGAACCAAUGGAGGUAUAUCUAGUUUGGGUUAAGGAUGAAUCACCAAUAAUGACCAGCCCAUCACCACUGCAACAAGAACCUGCUGAAGUACAAAUUGAAGUUGAAAUUGAGGAACAAGCAACAACUGUUGAAGGAAAAGAACAAGAAAAUAUUGAACAACAAGUUGAAAUUGAGGAACAAUCAGCUGCAAUUGUAGAACAAGAACAUCAACAAGAGCAAGGAAAUAUAGAAACAAAAUUUCAAAUUCUGGUUUUUGAAGAACCCAAGGAGCUUGGAAAAAGGACAAUAAAACCUGGAAUUGCUCAGAAGUCACCAUACACUACGAAGUUUGGGUCAGCUGAAGGAGAGAGUACACGUAUAAAGAGAGCAAAGCCAGACACUCCCACAACACCAAAACACUCUCAACCUUCUUUUGAUUUAGGGAUAUCACCUUUGGAAGCUCCAUUGCUUGUCUCCCCACUUCAAGCAGUCCAACAACUUGAAGAAAUCUCACCAUUUCAGCAAGUUCCAUUGCUUGUCUACCCACUUCAAGCAGUUCCACCACUGAAACAAGCCUCACCAUUUCAGCAAGCCUCAACUUUAGAAGAUGAAGAAAACAUAAUAAAUCACCCAUUUACAGAUGAGAUCGACAAACCACCAUCACUAACAUUAUGUAAGGAUUUUACAAAGUGGCUGAAAGAAGGUUUCGAUGAACGAAAAGGGACAUAUGUAGAAAAGGAAGCGAUUGAUCCACCAUUUAACUUUGUGGAAGAUGUUGUGAAGCACAAAAUGUGGUUCUAUGAUAUAUGGUCGCCGAUAAAAUGUAUCAGUGAUUAUCAUAUGGAUGUUGUGUUCUAUUAUUUGCGUAAAAAAUUAAGACAUAAUAACACAAGGUGCACAACAAUGGAUGCCAUAUGUGAUCGCUACAUCAACAAAGCUUGGGAGACAUAUAUCAACAAUCCAAGCGAACAGUUCUCUUGGGAAAAAAAACCUUAUGCUUACCUACUGAAUUGUGCAAAUGGGAAGAAAAUGAGAAUUCCUACACCAUGGAUUAAUGUGGACUUUAUCUACAGCCCUGUUUACAUACGCGAUAUGUACCAUUGGGUGCUUGUUGAAAUCGUCUUGAAGAGCAAAAAGAUUAAAAUAUAUGAUAGCAUGGCUGGGAAAGGGCACAAGAAGAAUGUCAUGACAGCUGUAACUGCAUACUCAAUGAUGAUACCCAUGCUUCUACAAUCUAUAAAUUUUUACAAGGAAAGGAAAAAUAUUGAAGAAGGAGAUUUUGAUAUGGAAUUUGUGGAAGACUUGGAAGUUCAACAAAAUGGUACAAAAUCUCUGAGAGCUGAAGCUUUGAUGUCGAACAAUAGUUUAAAAGAUAUCACAAACCAAAAAAUGCGAUUCUUUCGUGAAAAGUUAGCUGUGGAGCUUUAUGCUUGGGGAAAGGAAAAACAGAGGAGAAAUACUGAUAGCGAUACAGAAAUGGUUUUGUGA